UCCACACGCGGUUUCCACAGGGCAUAGCUAGUGCUUUUGGGAGGAGUUUCCCCGGAACAGGAGCUUAUCGGUGCCGUCCCACCGGAGCCUUUGCUACGCCCGAAACGAGAAACAAAUUAUCCUCCAUCGGUUGCCUGCUGGCUACUGCCACUCGAUCGGGUUAGUUCCAUCGCUGGCCAAAGAGCACUUCGCCCCCACAGCGCAUACCCUUCUCCAUCUCUCGACACUCUCUCUCCCUCUCUGCAAGCGUGCACGGACGCCAUGGACAAUCCUCCGGCAGCGGCAGCGGCGGCGGCGGUCAACAACAUGGCCGAUCCACAGGCAGUGGCAGCGGCCAACAACGUGGCCAAUCCUCCGGCGGCGGCGGCACCUGCGGCUGCUCCAGCAGCGAACGCCGCCGCAGCGCGCGCCGCGCGCCACGCCGCUUGGAAGAAGAAGGACAAGAAGCUUGCAAUCAUAUCGCUGACCGUUAUGGUGAUCGUCCUGGUUCUGGUUGUGGUGUUGUGCCUCGAGCCUUGGAAGAAGUAGAGAACCUAUAUGCAUCAAGAACCCUCCUGCACACAUGCGCGGCGUGCUCUGAAUAGUACUUUUGUGAGAUCGAGCGACCUGAUCGUGGGCGCGGUGAAGGAGUAACUACUACUCUAUGUCCAAUCUAUGGAGUUUCUUCUUCGUACCAUGUAGUACGUACUUUGUUCUUCGUACCAUCUAUGUACCUAGAUCAUUGCGAACCAAGUAAAAUUUCAGAUUGAUGUGCCUAAGGUGAACGUGCAACAGCUGCUUAGAGCUCACUGCUCACUGAAUUCA